UAUGAAAAGCCAUGUGCUCGGCUUCGGUUCAUUUUGUUACGGAAAUUUUAGCCAUCUUUAAUCGACAGUGAACAGUACCAUAGUGUGUUUUCUUUGGCAAGUGGUUGUUCGGACCGUCGAACUUAUUUUACAACGUGCAAAACCUGAUUAGCUAAACUUUUCCUGGAAUUGGACUCCCGUCGCGUCAACAUAAGAAUUCAGUUUCGGAAACCACAGUUACAAACGGCUAAAGCACAGCGGAACAAUCGCUUCUACAAAAUGGGCGAUACGCAAAUAUCGCAAUAUGGCGAGGUGAAUCAGCUCGGGGGAGUAUUCGUAAAUGGCCGGCCACUGCCUAAUGCAGUUCGAUUGCGCAUAGUUGAAUUGGCUCAACUUGGCAUCCGUCCGUGCGACAUAUCACGCCAGCUAAGAGUCUCCCAUGGAUGUGUCUCGAAAAUACUGGCUCGUUACCACGAAACGGGAUCGAUUUUACCAGGAGCCAUUGGAGGAUCUAAGCCGCGAGUCACUACCCCCAAGGUAGUGGGAUACAUUAAAGAUCUGAAAAGUAAGGAUCCUGGAAUUUUUGCUUGGGAAAUCCGCGAUCGACUUCUAGCCGAUGGAGUUUGCGACAAGUAUAAUGUUCCUUCAGUCAGCUCUAUUUCUCGGAUACUCCGCAACAAAAUUGGAACUAUGGCUCAUCUGACAGGUGUAACGUCUAACAUUACUUCAAUAGGAAAUGGAGUUGUGCAUUACGACAAGCACAGCCACCACCACCAUCCGAUCACAACGUCUGGUGCUGCUAGUCAGACAUCGUCUUCCGUGACGGCUUUAUACAACCCUUUGUACCCACCUUAUUCCACUUACGGCGGAGUUAGUGUCGGGGUCGGUGUCGGCAUUCAUCAUCAGUCGCCGAUCGCAGCGACAAGUAUCGGACAUCACAUGUCACCGCGUAACAAUCCACCUCUAUCGCCAAAUCGCCCAUCUCCGGCCAUAUCGUGGCCUAGUUCUCACAGCGUCACAGACAUCCUUGGUGUCGGUCUCAAUAUAAAUGUCGGACUGGGAUUCCGACCCCCCCAAGCACCACCUAUGACCAUCGCUGCACAAUCAACUCCCAUGUGUGCUGGUUCGGAUGCAUCGAAUGCGCACAACUACAACUACAAUUACAAUUACUACAUGUACCUUCAGUCGUGUAAUUCUGCGGCGACAGGCCAUCAGCAUGGAUCCUCUAGUUCUUUGAUGAACUCGGGUCACAUGAUGGCUAACGGUUCCGGACAAUCCAUUGUCAACAGUGUCCAUGGCAUCACGGCCUAGUCUAAAGCAAUUUACUUCUUCCAAUUCAUUCACUUUGUCUUACUUAACGUGGUUUUUGCGGUUUUUAUGUGGCUUUGUUUUUCGAAAUUUAAAUGUUUGAAAAACUACUUCGCACCUUCGUUUAAUUUUUUCUUCAUUUUGCUUUAUAUCAAUAUCCAAAGCUGUCAUAAUAUCAUAGCAGAUUGCUCGAUACACCUCGAUGAUCAUUGUUAUAUGAUGCUACCUUUAGCCCAAUUCUGCUCGAAGACGUGCCUACAAAAACCAAAUGGGUUUCAUUAGAUUGAAUGUAAUAUUUUGUAUAUGAUGUAAGCGUAAUUACAGAAUUUAUUUUUUA